AUGCUUCAAAAUUUGGGCCGACCUGUGAGUGCCAAGACCACUCUUCCUCCUGGUAUUGCCGGUCCACCAUGUGCAUAUCUUCUUCUUCAAGUUCCUUUGUUCCGUAGUACAACUCGUCGACCUUUGGCUUUACUCAAAUGUCUGGCUGUUCGGAUUGUGUGGUGGGGUGAAGACAUAUCUGAUCCGCAGAGCGGUAAUAAUGGAACACUUCUACAUCCUCGAAUUGCUGGCCAUCAAAAUGCCUCUCAGUUUCAAUAUGGCUAUCACACACGUUAUUCAAUUUGUGUUCCUCUACAAAAAAUGCAAAACUACUUGGAAGACAUGGGAACACUUUUUCUUGAUGUAAUUAACGAAAAGACUGGUGCUAUAAUAGGUCGUGCGAAAAUCGAGAAUCUGGCUCGUUUAACACUCCAAACUCCCAUCAGAGGUGUUUUUGCUGUUGCUGAUGCCAAAGGCGUUAAGAUUGGUGAGCUGACGGUCAAUAUGUAUUUUGAGUUGAUUCAAGUCAUCGAGUCUGUGAAAAUAUCAAAGAAGAAUGUGGUUUUGCCAACACUCAUGGGAGAUUCUAUUGAACAACAGGAAGUUGAACCACUCGAUCAUGAUAGGAAAUGUACAGAAUUGCCACUGGAAGAUAUGGUUUCAAAAGCACCGAUUAUUGAUAGGUCAAAAGCGACAGACAAAAAAUACGAAAAACCUGAAAGAGACGAAUCUUUUCAAAAGAAACCUUCCACGGAAGAUGCGGGCUCUUGUCUCAGUAUGGAAGUGCUCUCUCGAAUUCAAUCAGCCCUUGAAAGGAGUCAGCGAAUUCGCCAACAGCUUUUCUCGGCAAUUAAUAUGGAACAGGGGACGGUGAAUGAUAACAAAGGUCUUCCCGUUUAUCAAUCAAAACUGUUUGAGACGGAAAUCCUCCCACCUAAUGGGGGACAUGUUCAGUCUGUACCUGAUCUUGCUACUCAAACUGCGACCAACGUUGAAAACGCUAUGCCCAUUCCAUACCUGUCAGAGAGUUAUCCUUGCUUGUUAGAUAGCGUUGAUAGCCAAAGUUUACUCGAUAACAAAGACGGUGUUCCAACUGUUGAAGAUGAUGAAGAUUUGGAAAAGGAUUUGAUUAUUGAAACCACCCUCCUUCCUCGAAUUGAGGAUGUGCCUCAAGGGGAAGAAAAGACGAAUGUCUCUGGUAAAGUUCCCGGUCAACUUUCAGAGGGAAAAGUUUUGUUAGAGUGGCCUAAUAUUGAGCACAAAUCCUCCAUGGACCAUCUAGUUAAUACAGAGCCAUAUUUUCCUCAUAAUGCUCCAGUGGGUAUUCGACUGGAUUUUCGUCGAUUGACCUUCCCAAUGCAAAUUUGGAAUGCCCUUGAAGCUCUUCUCACAGCGUUUGCAUCUCGAUCCGAAAGAACAAAUCUAUUAUCUCCUGAAGAUCCCCAAGAUGGAAGAAAUUUAAAACGCCUACAGGAUUCUGGACUAGGAGUAUCGAUGCAUUCCAAAUCUAAUAGAAAUAAAACUGCCUUCAGAAAGCGAUCCUUGGAUCCAUCCCCUAAUAUGAAUUUUGUUAAUAUUGCCAAUUCUAAGCCUCUGGAUCUUUAUCUUGAAAUUUCGGUUCCUUCUUUUCUUGUAAACAAAGGAUCAAGUAUAGAUUCUUCAAUUUGGCGCAAAAGGAUUAAUCUCUGUUCUAAAUUAUCUAAAAUUACUACAACAGAUCAAAAUCCUAGACAGAUGUCUGAAGAUUUGGAAGUAUUUGUUAUUCCAGAAAGGGAUUCGUUCAGUAAUCAAAUUGACAUUUCAGUAAACAGCCCGAGCGAUAGCCAGAAUGCUCUGAUCCACUUGAAUCUUUUAUCUAACCCUUUAUCCCUGACUGGUACAACAAUGCCUAUACACAUUGGUACCAUUGAAAUUGAUCCGGGGUCAUUGAUUUGGGCAAUGUAUCGAUCUCCUAAUUCUAGUCUUUUGAGUUCUUCAACGCCUUCAUCGAAAACGCUUCGUAUACGAAUAGAAUUUGCUGAUCUCGUGAAAUAUCGCUUAAUGGAGUUGCUUGGCGUGGAAUCUCUUGAAACUUCAUUAAACAAAUCCUUUGGAUUUAUCAAUGUCGAGCCUGUUUUCAAUGCACCAUUUACAUCAAUUAAGGCCGAUAGUCUACAAAUAACUCCCUCGCUUGUUCGAAGUGGGAACCAAAUCCACACAGUUCACCACCAGUCGACCAUUCUUUUGAACAUCCGAGAAGGUCGCGAUCUACGCCUACCUUCGGGGUGUUUUCAGAACUCAUUUCUGGUUGUUCGAAUCCCCUGGUGUACUAAAGAAGUCCGCGAUGGAGAUCAUGUGUCUCGUAAAACGAAGCGCUUUACUUCCGCUGUUUCUUGGGGUACUGGGCCUUCGCCUGCCUAUCAUUUUGGCCUUAAGGCGUCAGCAGUUCUUUCAGAGGAUCAACUAACUCGCUUAUCGAAAAGCUUCAUUGCAAUUGAGGUAUGGGUCCGGCACAUGAACAGCGAUGCAGAAAGGGAUGAACUGAUUGGAAUUGCCAAGAUUAUGACAACUAGAACUUCCACCCUGUGUCGUUUAAUUUCUUCCCGAAAGGAGUACAAGGAUUCUCGCCUCCCAUUUCUUCAGGAAGAUUCGUGGCUUGAAGUUACUUCCCCAUCGACAGGUCAAGUUUGUGGUCAACUUCGAAGCCGAUUUGCCGCCGGAACUACGGAGCAGAUUUCAGCGUUAAUGGCUGCUGACUGCGAAAAUGCUGCUGUUGGAUGUCUCGAUUGGCGAUCGAUUGAUUUUGUAACAUGGAAGGAGUCAGAUUCAUCGGGCAAAUGUGAAGAUAAUGAGUUCUCGAAAUCGGAGGAUUUGCUGACCCUGACCGUAACUCACACUUUGGACAUUAUGCUAAUUAAGUUAAUUGACUUUCAUCCGGAACUCUCGGAGAUUUCGCAUGCAAAGUUCGGUCCCAAUGCGUUACUUGCCAGCGAUUGUGACUGCUUUUUGCAAUAUAGAAUUCCCGUUGAUAAGCAGAAUCAAUCCUUAGUCUUCCGUAGUCCCAUCUGCCAAUUGAUGUCACCCUCCACACAUAAUGAUGCCCUCGAAGCUGUUUACCGCAUAGACUAUGUUGAGUUGGAAGGAGGCGUUAAUGAAAGGGACGAUGAAGACAUUUCAAAUGGUUAUGAAGUUAAAUGGCAGAAUGGGAAAAACGAUGGCUGGCACGAAUCGCACAAAUGCGUAUUUGCAAGAGAGCUGAUUAGAGAGCCGGACAUUAUCAAGCAUAUUAAAGAAGUUGGUAGCAACGCCUUUCUAGAUUAUUUGAGAAAAGAUCAAUUUUCUCAAGAAGAUGGCAUUGUAUUUGAGCUAUGGGUCCGUAUCUAUUCCCCUAAACUGCGAGAUAUCUGUGUCGCUCAUGGUAAAUUAACCUUGAAUACUCUGGAACACCACCUCCUCCCACCAUCUUCACUACACGCCGCGAAUAAGGUCCCAAAUUUCCCACUUACUUGGAAACGCGAACUAUCUGAGCAUAGUAUGGAUUUAUACGGUAUCAACACUCACAAACUUUUGGGACGAAUAUUACUCAACAUUGGAUAUGAAAUGGCGAGCACAGUUAAAUAUUCAGUGGAUUUGAGCAGAAAAAUAGGUGGAAAAGAGAAACUCUACAAGCUUCUACCUUUAACCAUUCGUCCAGGAGUUCAUUUAAAUAUUCAUCUCCACAAUUUGACAGGAUUAGGAGUUUCCACUUCUCAUCAAAUUCGCCUUCAUUGCCUACUUCUCUUACCUUCUAAAACCUCUCAUUCCCACUAUAAAGUGCUAGCCUCAAGUACAUUGAAGCCUGAGCGGGUAGAGGAAUUGGCCAUGCGACUUAAUGUCCUGCUUCCUCUAGCCUGGAACUAUGAAUCGUUCUUUAAAUUUUCUCUUGCCGAAGCUCUGGCGUUUGGUGCGUUAGAAAUAAAUGACCGGCAAUCGUGGCUUGUUGGUAAUGUUACCCGACCUUGUCUUGUCAUUCAAGUCGAUGUCUGGGAUAUGGACAGUGAUUUGGGUGAAAAUCACAAUGAAACUCAAAAUGUUGCACGAAAUCGAUUUUGGGAAAGGUUGUAA